CCUAAUCCAUCAACUCUCCGUCCUCACAACUCAGCCUUGCCAGCCAGCAGGUAAGUAAAAAUCCCAUUAAAAGGCUGGGAUGUCUCCUGUCGAACACGAUGAUUUCUCGUCUUCACGGCUUCUUGCACUUUUCGCGGAUCUCUCUGCUGGAUUUGUACUUCGACGGCUAUGGAUGAGUUGAGCGGCCUCUCAUGGCUAGAGAUUGACGCGAAACCCGAUCACUCUGGUGGUGUUCAUGCGGAGUCGUUGGAUAUCACGUGCAUGGAGCUACCAGAUGCCCCCGCAGAGAUGAUGGCGGGAGGUGGCAUAGAUGACCUGUCUUGGCUGGAGAACGAGACGGUCCUCAGUCAAUCCAGUAGCAUCGAUGCCGACCUGUUAGGCAUCAAGAGCAUGGAACUCGAUACCCCCGCCGCGAUGAUGACCAAAGGUGAUAUGGCUUGCCACUCAUGGCCGGAGAUUGACGCGACCCCUGAACACUCUGGUGGCAUUCAUCCGGUGUUGUUAAGCGUCAAGAGCAAGGGCACGCCGAACAUUGAUAUGACUGACUUAGUCAUUGGUGGCGAUCCCCUGGUCUCCAAUGACGGCGGAUCUGCCCAUUUGCGAGACAUCGAUUUUGAUAUUGGUUACACCGUCGAUGAACAUAUCCCCCCUUCUCAAGUCAAGUUUGGUGCAAUCCAAGUAAAGGGCAAUUUUAGUCCCGCACUGGGCCAGACUGCUGGCUACGAUUUUUCAGAAUCGUCGGUGAGCGAGGCAUCGCGGAACAACAGUGCUCGGGAUGACACGGGCGUCAUUUUGCCACAGCGCGUUGAUACGGCCUUGAAACCAUCCAUUGACCACAGCUGCCCAGAGUCCGCUCGCCUGGAGGAUGCCAGUACGAAGAAGACAAGAACGAAAAUCCCUAAUGACGCAAAGAUGGUGAUACUCGAGACCCUCCAGUCCUAUCCAUAUCCAUUAAUAGAAGCGAAGGAAGCGCUGGCUUCGCAGUGGGAUAUCCCGUUAUCAACUCUGGCCAUAUUCAUCAACAACACACGUGCAAGAGGGCAAAUACCAGGAAACCCCAUCCAAGGCGCGUCUUUUCUGCCAGGAGAAUCAACAGCAUUGAUUAAUGGGGCCGCUACCCCUACCCGAUCGGCCGCAGAUGGCCUUGCAAUCAACGGCGAGUGUUCUCGAACAAUGCACACGAAACAUCAAUUCCAGAAUGGCGGAGACGGGUCUUCGUCAUCCAGGAGCUUCACAUUACUGGAGGACCGACCUAACAGUGUUGUCUCUCUCUUGGGAGAGAGUAUGACUUGCGAAUCGUCGAUUGAUUCACUAGAUAAACUCACGACGGAGAACCUUGAACCAUCGGCGGGAAAAGGUGCUUCAGUAUCGUUGCUAUGGCGCUACUUGAGGGAUGAUUUCAAUACCGCAGAGUCCAACUAUCCCCUACCGUUAGGUUGGGGGCCACCAACAGCAGCGGCUCGGCCGUCCGCGUCCAGCCACCAAUCCUUUUCCUCUCCCGACAGCUCUACCAUGGGGGGGUUCCGUCACAUUCAAAACUUCCAUCUACAUGGCAACCCCGCUGGGGAUAUGAAGUAUGACUGGAAAUGGAUCAGAGACACAUCAGAGCUAUCAACCGAAGUUCUAUAUUGUGGCUUUUGCAAGGAAAUAUUCUCUACCUGGGAGGACAGGAGCGAGCAUCUGGGGCACCAUUUCCAUCUUAGUGAGCGAGAUUUUGCCGAUGUCUGGACCCCCUACGAAGUGGUCAACAGGGACACCGAAUGGUUCUGCUCGAGCUGCGAUUCAUGCUUUGAAAGCGCAUCAAUCGCUCGGGAAUCCCAUAUAUUCUGCAGUCUCAAAAUAGGAAUCGCCAAAAGUGUCAAGGUGGACCACUUUGGGGUAUACCAUUGUGCUCUGUGCAAUACGGUUUCAAACCUGCUUGGUAUGGUAGAACAUAUGCCGGCGUGCCUCAAGAACUCCGAAUACACCAAUUCCAUUGUGUUCUCCGCACCAGAUGUCUUACUUCAGCUCAAAACGGCGAUAGAUGAUGGAUUUGGCCUUGGGAUCCAUCGCUGCGCACCUAACGACAAUGCGCUUCUAAACAGCGUACGGUCUUCGUUCCGGAUAGUUGCCGCAUCAACGACAGGAGAUGGUCAGCAUGAGCUUGUUUGAGGUCAUCUAAAGGACAAGCACUUCCUACGCGCAGGAAUCAUGAGCGGAAUCUACGCAGUGAUGAGCGAAAGCAGGACACGACUCCUCGGUUCCUUUUUCCAAAUGUCAUGACUCUGGGGUUUCGAUUUCUAGACACGUUUGGGUGCAGCAGUCAAGUCAAUCUCAUGAUAGAGGAACCAUUGCCACAACCGGUCCUUUCCUAUCGGUCUGCUUGAACAAUAUCUUCAUGUUCCGUACAACUCAAGUCAUGGAUAGGAAGUCCUCUAUUAAUUCCUCGUUCCUUUGAGACCUCCUAGCCACGGUUUCACUGCACAGGAGUGUGCUAUGUAGGGACAAACCGAACCCUGCCAGGGUCUACCAAUUUCGGUCUGAUUACGCUCCAAACUCCCAACCUCAACUGACAUAUCGACUACUA